AUGCGCGCAACUACCAUCAGCACUUCCGUCGAGAUCGGUCUUCGCUUUGUCGGGAUCUGGCCGGGCCUGCCGUACGGAUCCUUCACUUGGUUCACGUACAUGAGUAGCGUGGCGGUCGUGCUGUAUUUUCAAUACGCGUACAUUUUCGGUCACUUCAACGCCAACGACGUCUCGAAUCUCAUCGAUGCGCUCAGCAACACGCUGGCUUACAGCCUCACCUUUCUGAAGCUAUUCUCACUAUGGUCGAAUCGUAGGACAUUUUAUAACAUUCUGCUAACGAUGAACGAGGAUUGGAGCAACGUCAACCGCGACCGAUCGGUAUUGUGUGCCAUGACGGACAAUGCUAAUCUGUCGCGUCGCUGCUCGAAUAUAUUGAUCACUAUCAAUAUUAUCGCCGCGACUUGCUACGCCGCGAUCAGUCUCAUACAUCUGUCGACCGUCUCUGAGGAGAAUCUCAACGUUAGCUUGAAAGUGCUACCUAUAAAGAUGGAACUUCCAUUCGAAGUUAACGCGACUCCGUUCUUUGAACUUCUGGUGGCCGGUGUGUUUCUACAUGAAGUGUCGGUUGCCACUUUAAACGCUGUAACAAUCAGCUUGAUCCUCUCCCUAGUACUUCACGUAAGCGGACAGAUCGAUAUUCUUCGUCGAGAUUUAUUGACAAUCUGCGACAGCGGAUCUCCGCAGCGCGAUUCAAACGUCAAACUUUUAACAAUUCAGCAUCAAAGAAUAAUAACAUUUUCGGAUAACAUUGAAGAACUUUAUUCGAACAUCGCGCUGAUGCAAUUCCUUUCGAAUACCGUGGUCAUCUGCUGUAUCGGUCUCACUUUAAUAAACGCUCUUGACAAAGACGGAGUUUCCGUACUGCUAUUGAAAUCCGUCUCUUUUUAUAUCGCCAUAACGUUGGAAGCCUUUAUCUUUUGUUUCGCCGGAGAAUAUCUCAGUGCCAAGAGCAAAUCGAUCGGCGAUGCAGCGUAUGAGUCGCUCUGGUACAACAUGACGCCCACCGUGUCCCGAAUUUUAAUGCUUAUCAUGCUCAGGUCGCAGAAAAGAUUGACAAUCACCGCAGGAAACGUCAUGGAUCUUUCUCUAGAAGCAUUUACAGUCGUGAUGAAAGCAUCCGCCUCGUACAUGUCGGUGCUGCACGCGAUGUAUUAGAACUCGUAAAAAUUGCCACGUGAUACAAAUACAAAUAUUAUUGGUAAACGUGUCCACUAAACGAAAUGGACGAACGUAGGAAAAUGUAGAAAAUUGCGU